AUGCCGCGCUACGAAAGUUUCGGUCACAUAGCUCGUAGAGACGAUGGCCGUUGGGGCAGAAAAGUUCUCGAGUGGCGACCACGGGCUGGAAGACGUAGCGUGGGCAGGCCUCCUACUAGGUGGACCGACGAUCUGGUAAAGGUCGCGGUAAGAGCCUGGAUGCGGGCAGCGCAGGACCGCAAUUUUGUUUCAGAAUGCGCUAUACGACUGAGAGCGGCGCGGAGUGGGAAGGUGCAUUCCGGGCACCUGCCCCGGACACACGGCUGUCGGCUCCUCAUCCCGCAGCCGUCACCAAAAAACGCCCUGCUCGUAGAACUACAUAAACUCAACGUACCCUGCGCGGCGGGGUUCAUACGCUUCGCUCCAAACACGCCCACUCUCUGUGGAAAACUCGACCAGAUCCCACCGCCGAGCAGAAAGUUCAUGUACUCCUCAAGCUCCAAAAACCCAGCGGUGGAACUCCACGGCCGGCCCUCGUUCGCCGCGACCUACCGUCUAGUAGAUCACUGCCAUGAUAUCCUACUGACGGCUCGGAACGGCUCGUUCGAGGUCGGCCCAGCUGUGAAGCUGUUCUGCUCGUACCACAUCCAUUUGCCUUACGGAAACCGGGUUGCGUUGAGACUGCAGAUGGGCACGGGACCAAAGAGUGUGAAAGAGAAUGAUUUGUCGAAUAUAAUACAUGAGGAUGCGCUCGCCCGGUGUAGAGGGAUGGAGCUGACGUUGGAGGAUGGGGAGUCGAGAUGGAAGCACUGUUCGCAGCCAGGGGACCCUUUGCGUAGUGUUCAGAUUAUAUCUGAAGCGAAUUCUGUGCGACUGAACAUUAGUGUGCUAGCGAAGAAGAAUUCUUCGGCGAUGUGGUUGAAGGUGUGGUGGAUGGAUAAAGCAAUAGAGGAUGUUGUUGGGCAUUGUGACUACGGGUGGGUGCUGUCUGGUGACUUCUGCAUAUCGGCUGUGAGGGAGGCGAAGAGGCCGUGGAGGCAAGCCGAGGCUGAGUGCGUCCGGUUAGGAGGACACCUGGUCAGCGUGCUGAGUGAACGACAGCAGCAGAUUAUAGACCAAAUGCUAAUACAUGUGCCCGGCGCAGGAGUGGACGACGUAUACUGGAUCGGCGCCACGGACUCCGUUCAAGAAGGCGAGUUCAGAUGGUCGGACGGCCUGCCUUUUUCCUAUGCCCACUGGUUUCCGGGCUGGCGCAAACACAGUAGCCAGCCGAACGACGACGGCACCUCCGGCCAAGACUGCGUGGAGGCGCGAAGGGAAUUCCCACCACGGCCACCUCCUGCCACGACCACCUUUAUGUGGAACGACAGAGGGUGCAGGGAACACAACUACUUUGUGUGCGAACGGCCCAGCGUUGAUGAUCCAUACACAGCAUCCAAGAUCCAGUGCAACGAGACGAUAGUGGUGUCCCGCUCGCGGCCGCACGCCAUAGUGUCGAGCCCCGGCUUCCCUCGCCCCUACCCAGACGAUGCGGACUGUGUGACACUACUGCGAGCGCCGCCCGCCCACACCAUACGCGUGCACUUUGAAGAGCUGCUGACAGAACAUGAACCGCAGUGA